CUAAACCAGGACUAAACUAGGACUGGACUAGGACAGAAGCAGGACUAAAGCAGGACAGAGGAUUAAACUAGGACUAAACUAGAUGUAAAUGAAAUCUGGACUGAAUCAAGGCAAGGUAGGGUCAAAUUAGAACUAUAAACGGGACUAAAAAUACCUAAACUAGGGCACAUCCAGGUCUAAACCAGGACUAGACCAGGGUUCAAACAUGCCCCGAGCAGCAGUCAUCUUUCUGUGCCUGUGUUUACUCCGCGGGGCCGAGUCGAAGCCCAACUGCAGGCCGCUCCAGGCGUCGUUCUGCGGGGCCGUGGGCUACUCCACCAGCGGCAGCCCCACAGGAGUGUCCGGGUACAGCCUGCGGGAGGUCGGGCAGAUCGUGGAGACGGCGUGCUCCCCCGAGGUGGCGACGCUCAUGUGCAGGGUGGUGGUGCCGGAGUGUGGGGUGGAGGAGAACAGCCGUCUGAAGCCGUGCCGGAGCCUCUGUGAGCGGGUGAAGAGCGACUGUGAGGGGCCCCUGAGAGCAAAGCGCAUCUCCUGGCCCAUUCGCCUCAGGUGUGACAGCCUGCCCCAGGACGACUGCGUACAGGGCUCAGGGGGCGGGCUCUCGCGUGCGGGCCCUGUGAGCCAGUCACAGGUCUGUCAGCCAAUCAUGGUCCCCCUUUGCACACAUCUGACCUAUAACUUGACAGUGAUGCCAAACCUCCUCGGCCACCAGCACCAGGACGACGCGGGCCUGGAGGUGCACCAGUUCUUUCCUCUGGUGAAGAUUCAGUGCAGUCCCUUCUUGAAGGAGUUCCUGUGCUCUGUCUAUGCUCCUGAGUGCAUCAUGGGGCGUGCUCGCGCCCCCUGCAGGCGCACGUGUGAGAAAGCACGCUCCGGCUGUGAGCCACUCAUGAAUAAGUUUGGCUUCCCCUGGCCCGAGAAACUCAAAUGUGACACCUUCAAGAAUGACGCCUGCGAUCCGGAGCCUCCCCCCACCAUGAGCCCCACUCUGCCCCCUCAGUGUGAGCCCAUCUCGGUGCCCAUCUGCUCGGACCUGCCCUACACCCAGACCCUGCUCCCAAACGCCCUGGGCCUCCGCUCACAGCAGCAGAUCUCUGAGGAGAUGAGGAAGCACUUCCACGCCCUCCUCACCGUGGGCUGCUCCUCCGCCCUCAAGCCCUUCCUCUGCUCCGUCUACACCCCCGAGUGUGUCGAGGGCAAAGCGCGCGCCCCCUGCAGGACACUGUGUGAAGAGGCGCGCUCCUCCUGUGAACCGCUGCUCAGACGGAUCGGAGUGAGCUGGCCCCAAAUGCUCACGUGUGAGGCCUACAACACCGACUCCUGCUCCCAUUUCGGCGUGAGCAGCACUGGGGGCAUGUGCCAGCCCAUCACGGUGCCCAUGUGCCAGGGGCUGUACUACUCCGAGACCCUGGUCCCAAACCUCCUGGGCCACAGCUCCCAGCGCGAGGCCGCCAUCCAGAUGUCCUUCUUCAACUCCAUCGUCCAGACCUUCUGCGCCGUGGACAUCCGCCUCUUCCUCUGCCUCGUCUACGCCCCCAAGUGUGUGCGAGGGGAAGUGCAGCGCCCGUGCCGCUCCUUCUGCCUGAGGGCCAAAGAGGGCUGUGGCCGCAUGAUGGAGCAGCUCAACAUGAACUGGCCCCAAGAGCUCAACUGUGAAGCUUUCCCCACACACAACUGCAUCUCGGAGGGUGGCGAUGCUGAGACCAGUGCCAAACAGAUCCUGGCGCGGCUCAACGCUGGAGGAUUCUCUGUCUUCGGCAACAGUCUCACUCUGAGGACCGCCUUCCUGCUGCUCACCGCCGCGGACGCAGACCACUCCGGGGGCCUCAGCUCUGUGGAGUAUUUUAACAUGGAACACUUUGUGGCCACUGUGAGGAGGGAGUACGUGGAGCUGAACCAGGGACGCACCCCCCCUGCAGUCUCACAGGAGCAGCUGCAGACGGCGCUGUUCAAACGCGGUAAGAGAACACGGCUGUCCAAAUGAACUACAC